UUAACGUUGCAAUGGUUAAACUAAGAGGUCUCAGUUUAGUAUUAUUUUUUAUUUUAUGUGUGCAGAUAAGAUAUAGUACAUGUAAAACAAAAUCAAUACGUGACAUUAUAGAAGAUUUCCUCAAUACUUUGCCAAAAAAUAAAAACGAAAAGCAUUAUAAUAUAAUUGAGCAGCAAUUACGAAAAGAAGGAAACAAAAAUAAUGAUAUUCAUUUGAAUAUAACCCAGUUGAUAACAAAAUAUAAGUAUAGUGUUGAAGUGUAUGAGGUUAUCACGUCAGAUGGAUAUGUAUUAAAACUAUUCAGGAUCCCAGGAAAUGGGGAAGUUGUCUUCCUUAUGCAUGGUCUGAUAAGUAGCGCAGAUGACUGGAUAUCUGGUGGAGUGGAAAGCGGACUGGCAUAUCUUCUAGCACAGCUGGGCUAUGAUGUAUGGAUGGGUAAUGCAAGAGGAAAUAAACAUUCAAGAUCUAACAUUUAUAUUGACCCAUCAGACAAUAAAUUCUGGGAUUUUAGUUUCCACGAAAUGGGUAUGAUUGACUUACCAGCAACGAUUGAUUUUGUACUCAAAAAAACAAACAAAUCCUCAUUAAUAUACAUUGCCCAUUCACAAGGAACCACAGCCUUUUUUAUCAUGUGUUCUUUAAGGCCCGAGUAUAAUAAAAAAAUAACCUUAAUGAUAGCAUUAUCACCUGUCGCAUGGAUGUCACACAUAAAAAGUCCCGUAGUUAAUAUUUUAAAGCUAUUUUUUGAGGAACUAGUAUUUCUGGCAAAGGGUUUAGGCGUGGUUGAAUUAUUUCAAGAUUCACCUGUUCUGCGUGGGUUACAGAAGACGUUUUGCGGUGAUGUAAUGUGGGCGUUUACUAUUUGUCAACAUCUGAUUUUUAUCGUCGGUGGUUUUAAUUAUAAUCAAACGAAUUAUGAACAGUUACCCGUGAUUUACAAUCAUUUUCCAUCGGGUUCAUCGUUUAAGCAAAUACAGCAUUUUGGACAAUUAGUGCUAUCUGGUCAUUUUAGACAAUUUGAUUAUGGAGUGAAAAACAUUGAAAAAUAUGGAUCAUUAUUACCUCCGUCUUAUCCUGUAGAAAAAAUAACAGCACCAGUCGCACUUUUCUAUGGGGAAGGCGAUUGGCUUUCUGACGUUAGUGAUGCAAAAAUUUUAAAAUCCCGCUUACCGAAUUUAGUGGAAUUUCACCGAGUAGACGAUGAACAUUUUUCUCACUUUGAUUUUGUUUAUGCUUAUUGUGCCGAUUGUAGUGUUUUUACAUCAAAUGCACAUUAA